ACUCUCCCGAAAUCCGACCACAUUUGCCGCCGUCACCAAACACUGCCUUGCGUUCUUCAUAUAAUCUCUCUCUCUUCCCAAUAAUGUCUUUAACUCUUUCUCUGUCACCCUCCCUUCCUCAUGCGCACUUUAGACCUUCCCUCCACUCCAUGUCUAUCCUGCGCCGCCUCCCUCCCUUCCCUCACCACCUAAAAUCUCUUCACCUUAAACUUCGCCGUCGAAACUUCGCCACUGUCGCUGCCGCAGCUGUACGCCAGGACACCACCGUCUGGACUCCGGUUCCGCUCUCGGAAGUUUCCCCCGCUGCCGAGUCUCUGUUCCAUAUAUCGAUAGACGUCUCUAGCGCGCCUGAUCUAGCAGAAGGCCACACUAGCGCGGGACAAUACCUCCAGCUCCGUCUCGCCGACAUAGCGAAACCGACCUUCCUCGCUAUCGCCUCUCCGCCUUCGUUUGCGUCCGCGAGUGGCGCGUUUGAAUUCCUGGUGAAGAAUAUAGCUGGUUCCACGGCGGAGGCUCUGUGUGGUUUAAAGAAGGGAGAUGUUGUUGAGAUUAGUCAAGUCAUGGGAAAAGGUUUCGAUAUCGAUCGAAUCCAGCCGCCUGAUGCGUAUCCAACGGUUGUGAUUUUUGCUACCGGAUCGGGAAUUAGUCCAAUCAGGUCACUUAUAGAAGUGGGAUUCAGUGCGAAUGAGAGACCUGAUGUCAGACUUUAUUACGGAGCUAGAAACCUCAAGAGAAUGGCUUAUCAGGAUAGGUUUAAAGAGUGGGAAGCUUCUGGUGUUAAGAUUGUGCCUGUAUUGUCGCAACCUGAUGGGAAUUGGUCUGGUGAAGCGGGCUAUGUACAGGCUGCUUUUGCUAGGGCCAAGCAGAUUUUUAGCCCUGAGGGCACUGGUGCCAUUCUGUGUGGGCAAAAACAGAUGGCUGAGGAAGUAACUUCUAUUCUUGUAGGGGAAGGAGUGUCGACUGAGAGGAUAUUGAAGAACUUCUGACGGAAAUUCAUAAGAAUUUGAUUAUAAUUGUUGUAAUUGUUGAGCUACAGUUAGUAGUGAUUCUUUCUUCCAAGUGCUGAAGAUCCAGCUUCUCUCCCAGCCCUAAUAAAUCCAAUUUUGCA